CUAAAACGAAUAACUGCCCUGAAAGUCUGUUAAAUGUCAGGUCGCAAAAGACAGUGUAGUUCACGUGUUUCACUCUGUAAGGAUAAUCCAUGGACAUGAAAUAACUGAGGUCAGUGUUGUGUUGAGAUGUGUUUUCACUCAUCAGUCGUCCGUUUGAACAUUUGCCCACAUAGAGACAGCGAGACAAGUGUGGAAUGACAUUACAACGUCAGGUAUAACGUCCUCUGACUGGAACAGAUGUCCCACGAUGUUUAACGUCACGGAUGAACAUGUGCAUGGUGUAAAUCUCAGGAAACGGAUAUCUGAAGACAGUGUUUCUAAGUGGUAGGACAUUUUAACAGAACAUCUUUGGAUAUGACAUCUUCAAUAUCUGUAACGUCUUCUUCGCCAUGAACUUUUAAGACCCCGUGUGUCCCCGGCUUUGUACUUUUAAGCAUGUUUAUCAAGAUCUAAAUCCCUGCUUAAAGGAAACAGGUAUCUAAGCGCGAUACCAUGAGUUUUUCAACCAACACGUCAUUCCCUCACACGUUGUAUAAUCUGACGUUGCCGGAGAAGAAUGUAACGAUUGAAGACGAGGCAUAUGACGUUCCUCCAGGACUCAUAUUCCUCUUGGCGUUCUUAUACGGCUCCAUAUCCCUCCUCGCCGUCAUCGGCAACGGCCUCGUCAUCCUCGUCAUCGUCAGGAACCGCCGCAUGCACACAGUCACCAACAUCUUCAUCGCCAAUCUCGCCGUGGCCGACGUCAUCAUCGGUCUGUUCAGCAUUCCAUUUCAAUUUCAAGCAGCGUUGCUACAGCGAUGGGUUUUAGCCAACUUCAUGUGCUCCCUUGCUCCUUUCGUGCAGAUCAUCUCCGUCAACGUCAGUAUCAUCACGCUAAGCGUCAUCGCCGUCGACAGGUACAUCGCGGUGCUUCAUCCUUUCAAAGCCGGAUGCUCCAAACGUUCCGCCGCCAUCAUCAUUACGGCGAUAUGGUGGUUUGCCAUUCUGUCGGGACUUCCUUGUGCGCUGUUCUACAAGGUUGAUAAGGAUACGUGUCAGUUUGAUUUCCCAAGACAACUGAAAAACUUCCCGUUCUACUAUAACUUAUACAUAAUUCUUGUACAAUACAUGGUGCCUCUGUUAGUAAUCAGUGUUUGCUACUUCCGCAUCGGAUGUUAUAUUUGGGGGGCAAGAGCUCCCGGAAAUACCAACCCAACAGAAGACGUCCGGAGCAGAAACAAGAGAAAGGUGGUGAAGAUGCUGAUCAUCGUGGUGUGCCUGUUUGUGUUAUGCUGGCUCCCGCUCCAGACCUAUAACCUCCUAGCUAUCACAUAUCCCAUUAUCAAUGAAUAUCGUUACAUCAACAUCAUUUGGUUCUGCUCCAACUGGUUCGCCAUGAGCAACUCCUGCUACAACCCCUUCAUCUACGGCCUGCUCAACGAGAAGUUUAAGCGAGAGUUCAGGAUCCUGUUCUCCAUGUGCCCAUGCCAGUGUGCACAGAAAGAAUACAAGAAGGAAUAUACGGACUACUACAGUGAGGACGGCAACCAGACGUUUCGACGAUGCAGCAUGAUGAGAAACCCGGCUGUGAGGUACAACUUCAACAGGGACGAGCACAAACGACUGUUCCGAAGGUCCACGGAAAUGACCGAGACAUCCCAAAUCUGACUAGGACGGGACCGGCGCCAUCGAGAUGCAGCCAAAGCUCUGAAUAUUUCCAGCGUUUGACAUCCAAUGUCCUUGCUGAUUGUGAAGCUUAAUGUUCAGGCGUUGUGAAUCCGCAUAGUUGAUGGACACAGAUGUUUGGGACAUUGUACAAACAUGUGACAUCCCAGACGAAUUAAUUAGCUUGCUGACAUUAUGGCGCUUGUCCCAACCGAGGAAUACUCACACUCGCUAUUCCCGUUUUGUUUUGACUUCAAAAUCAUAUUUUUUAAAUGUGGAAGACUUCUUCAUGAGCUAUCAAUGAACGAGGAAAACGCUGCUGUUCGUGAAGACAGUUGUGGAUGAUGUAAUUUGAGGUCAUGGACAACCAUUCUGGGUAACUAGACACGAAGGCUAAGAGAUCAUAUACAUCGGCUCUGACUCUGACUGGCAUCGGACAACAGGUUUCAGAAAGGAAGCUGAAGGCGUCCCUGCUGUAGGCGUUGGUGCUUGCCAUUUAAUGCAUUGCCCCGGACAAACUUGGGGAUUUUGAGAUGUGUAGUGCAAUAACCAAACACUCUCUGACGGUUCUUAGGCACACGUCUUGUCAUUAUCUCGUGAGACCACAGUCUGUCCAUACCAGUAUGUGCACUCCGACGUCACCUACUCACCCCAUUACCUUGGAAGGGGGGUGGUCUCGUCGUGUGGGUGUGGUGAGAUUGAUAAAUAGUGUGGACAAUGUUCCAGUGUGUGAAACGUUGCCUUGAUCAAACUCUUUACUCUUGUCCGUGUGACAAGCAAUCAAUGGCAACGCUAUCAAAGGUUAAAUGUAAUAAUGUGCGGUUCCACGGAAGCUCUGAUUCAAGUCCAGAUGACAAACACUUGGAUUUGUGUAAAAGCGGAACGACCAGCUAUACUUGUUCAGAGAAGUACAAUGCUCAGACAUAGUGUUGAAGCCUUUAACCAGACAUGAACAUCGAGGAUAACCAAUGGGAUUGAAUAUUUGUCAAUAACGGUGUUUGCUGCUCAAUAAACCUUCGUGUCAGUGUGAAACAAUUAGCCCUAGGGUUGCUAUACAAGCAAACUAAUGGCAUUUCCAGUGUUGUGAGGUCUAAUUCCUGAUUGCUUGAUUGCAAUUAUGUGACUCUUCGAACCAAGUUAUGUGACCUACAAAAUGUGCAUUACACGCCUCAGGGUGGGAUCUCACGGAAGUGUUUUCUCACGGACAAAUCACAAUACUGGAACUCUUAAUCCAUGGUUGAUGGUCAAAGAUCGCUCGUUAAGAAUUGGCUGGAAGGGUCACAGCGGUGCCUGGAUACGCGUACCAGCCUUUACGUGUUCCUAGAUAUGAUUUGAGAUUGGUUUCACCAAUGACCUGUGUAUGUCGUGGACUGACACACGAAAACUGAUUCGUUACUGUUGACAGAACAAGGCUGUUCUACCCAACUGGAAGGUUUAGCUAGGGUGUAACAAUAACUUUCAUUUAUGAGAGAUCGCGGUGGAUAAACGGACACAACAAUGGUGAUUUUACCACGUAUUGCCGUAUAAUGGAAGAAGCCGUAUAUAAAAUACGUUAAAGAUCCGCUAACUUGGUUUGAUGGAUUGAUCACAUAAUAUACAAACAGACAAUUCACAAUCAGGCUUCAUUAGGUGAUAACUAUAGGGGAGCAAAGAAAGCAUUUGGGUUGGUGGGCAAUGGUCAUGGUCUGUGUAAUGGAGUUGAAGCUGCCCCAUGGGGUCGGGUCAACUUUUCUCUCCAUUUCAUGUUAGAGAGAAAAUCAAUUUAACAAAAAAAACAAAAAUUAUACUCUUAACUUUCGACACAUUUGUAUAUUGGGUUUAUAUCAAGAAGAAACCUCAAGGCUAUGCUUCUGCUCCUCUAGAGUCAAACAACAAGUUUGAAGGAUUUGUAAAUACGACAUUCAGUGCUGAGAAUGAUACAGGACAUUCUUGAAGACACCGUGUGUCUGUGGAAUAAUGCCCAGGUUGACGAUUGGGGUGCAUCAAAGAUCAGCUUAGAUGUAUGACUGAGGAAGUCCUGAUUUGAAACCUAUUGAAAUAGAAA